AUGUCCGUUUGUCAUGGAGUACAGAGUUUUGUUAUGGCUUCGAGGGCACCUGUUUUCCACGCCUGUUCGGUAGAUUUAUCCUGGCAGACAACAGUUCAUGCCUGUCAACGAUGUCCUCGAGCUGCCUUAACUCCCAGUGCUGCUAUUGCAGCAAUUGUUACUCAGUCUAAUAUGGAAGGGACCACUUCUAGAUUCUGCCCAGCUGGAGUACAUAUGGGCAAAUGCCUUCCUGCUCAAGAUGUAUAUGCAGAAGCCUGGGGUACAGGACAUUAUGCUGCCUCAGGAAAUGGAAUGGUAUCCCGACCGUCACAGAAAUUUCCAGAAGGAACAAAGAAUGCAGACGCAUUGAUUCCGCCACCUAUUAUUGAACCCUGGGUACCACCUGACCUACCUCUACCCACUACUGUUCAUAGCAAGGCUUCUUUCUCACCUACUGUUCCAAUAUCCGUUCAAUCUCCUCUUCCCGAUGAUAGUGUUUCAACGCCUUCAGUUAAAUCACAAAAUUCGACACCGAAGGACGAAAGAGAGCUUAUUGCUAGUCCAAAGACUCCAGAAUUAGUUGAAAAAAAUACAUCUGAACCUAGGAAACCCACGCAGGGGAAAACAGCUGAAACAGAAAUUGAUCGACCGAAAACUCUUCAACCUGAAUCUCCAUCGGUAGAUAGGACAGAAGUACAAAAAGAGGAUAUUUCUAUUUCCAAACCCACUGAGGAAGUUUUACCUAAAGAUGAGAAACAAACACCAACCGCAAUUUCUACAGAACGUACAAAUGUCAGUCCUACGUCUGCACCGUCAACUACCAUCUCCUCCUCCUCCUCAAUUCUCACUCCUACAAGCCCAGAAGUUAUGGAGAAAGAACGCCCCAAGACUCCAAAAGAUGAGGCUUCACUUUCUCCUUCAACUCCCUCCCCCACAUCUCCUAACCAACCUCGGGACUUACAGGAAGAGAGUAAGGAAAAUGUCCCCAAGGUUUCCCCUCCCGAUACCACUGUCAGGGUAGAAGGAGAGAAAGAGGAUUUGGAGAAUAAGAAACCUUUGGAGCCAGUAAAGGUGACGAUGUCUCCAUCUGAUAAUAAAGUUGGUGACAAAACUCCAGAUGCCGGCACCAAAUCUACAGUAGCUCUCAAACCCAUACAGCCCAGUAGUAAACAGGUGCCUCAAUUCUACAUCCCCAUGGGACGCUCAACUCUUUCAGCUAAUGAACUCACCGCUAAAAUGGAGAAAAUACAAGCUCAAAUACUUGAAUUUCUGGCAGCUCAACCGUCUUCACCUCCAAAGAAAUCUGGAGAAGAGGAGUCUAACGAUACUAAGAGCUCUGAGACUGAACCCGUUUCGGCUGAAAAGCCCACGGUUGAUACCGCUGUGUCCUUUAGUCAGUUCGAUCUAGUCACUAAGGCAUGCGGUUGUCCUCUUUACUGGAAACGCGCACUUUUCCAAGCCGCUGGUGGCGAUGCCGACAGCAAAUCAGUCCCUGUCUCUUCAAUUCUCGCUUUCUGGCGUCGAGUUUUAGAGAAUUGUAACGAUCCUGCCUCUCAGUUCGUCUAUCUAUUAACGAAAGGAAAGUCACAACAUCUAGUUCCAGAUGAUUUCUGGCCUAUAAUUCAAGACGUUGUGGACACUCACCCAAGCCUAAACUUCCUCCAGGCAGCACCGGAGUUUCACGCGCGAUACGUGACAACUGUAGUAUCUCGAAUCUUCUUCUGCACAAACACCUCUUGGUCAGGUCGAAUAAGUUUGGGUGAAUUACGAAGAUCAAACUUUCUUGCUGUACUCGCUUCCCUUGAAACAGAGGAGGACAUCAACCUGGUUACACAGUACUUCUCCUAUGAACACUUCUAUGUGAUCUACUGCAAAUUCUGGGAGUUAGAUACAAAUCACGAUCUCAUCAUUAGUAAAGCGGAUCUUGCUCGACAUAAUAAUUACGCUAUCUCUGAAAGGAUGAUCGAUCGAAUAUUCAGCGGUGCAGUUACCCGUCAAACUUCUUUCAAGGAGGGUACAAUGACUUACUCCGACUUUGUGUGGUUCCUUCUGGCCGAAGAAGACAAACGACAUCCUCGAAGUAUCGAAUACUGGUUCCGGUGUAUGGAUUUAGAUGGUGAUGGAGUUCUUUCCCUCUACGAGUUGGAAUACUUCUACUCGGAGCAAUCAGCACGCAUGGAAGAGAUGGGUAUUGAACCACCAACCCUAGAAGAUUGUCUCUGCCAGUGUUUAGAUAUGGUCCGACCUGCCAUCCCUGACAAGAUUCGUCUCUCUGAUCUCAAGAAAUGUAACCUCUGUCCUGUCUUCUUUGACACCUUUUUCAAUUUGCCUAAAUACUUGCAGCAUGAACAACGGGAUCCUUUCUCCAAUCUGAGGGAUAUUGAAGAAGGCCUAACAGAGGUAUCAGACUGGGAUCGCUACGCGUCAGACACAUACGAGAUGCUAAUAGCAUCCGAGAGUGGUGGCGGUGGCGCAGGUAUUGAAGACGGAGACGAUGAGGACGAAGAAUACGAAGAUAUUGUAACUUCUUCACCUGUCCUUUCGUCCACAGCAGCAGCUGAAGGCUCUGACAAACAGGCACAAGCAAAUAAGGAAGUCUCUUCUGAAUCCUCUCCUGCUCAAUCUACUCCAACAGCUGCAACUGAGUCUACUCCAGCGGAGUAG